UUGAAGCUGUGCAUAUGAAAUGCCUAACUUAGACAAUGAUGAUGUAUUGCUGAAAUAUUUUUGCAAGUCUACCAAGAUUAAAUGCAGUACACAAGAGUGUUUGCUGCAGUUGGGUUUGCUAGAUGUGGGUGCAUUAACUUUCUGGGCAUGCAGUGAUUCAGAGGCUUCCUAUAUUGGUUUUAUUUUUAUUAAUAAAAGUAAACAGAUUUGGGUUUCAUUUUGGCAUUUGUGCCCACUGUUUAAGUAAAACCAUAUAAUAUGGUAUUUCAGACAUGUGCAGAAGAUACUUUGGUGUUAAUUUAGUUGUUAUGACAUUCAUAUCUCUCAGCUCGAGAGGCUUGAUUUCACAGAGGGAUAAGAAAUAGUCUGGAUGGUUGUGGUUGGUUAACAAGAUGCUCUGCAUGAGCCAGAAUAUGCACUUAUAGCCCAGAAAGCCAACCCCAGCCUGGGCUGCACCCAAAGCAGCAGGGCCAGCAGGUAGAUGGAGGUGACUCUGGCCCUCUGCUCUGCUCUCCUGAGACUCCACCUGCAAAGCUCCUCCAGCUCUGGGACCCCUAGGAUACAAAGUACCUGUUGGAAUGAGUCAAGAGGGGGGCAACAAAGCUGGUCAGAGCUCUGGAGCACCUCUCCCAUGAAGACGAGUUGUUCAGCCUGGAGAAGAGAAGGCUCUGGGGAUCAUCUUGUGAUGAUAUGCCUCUGUCUGACUUACAGAAGAGAUUUAUAACUUGAUAGAAUUGUUGUCUUCUGCUCUUCAGAUAACAAAACUAGGAUGGCACAUUGAAUGAUGCCUGCUCAUGAGGUUUGGAACAGGUUUUAAAAACUAUUCCUAACACAAUUCUGCAGUAAGGGUCCUGGAUUCUUAAAAGCACCUGCUUUGAAGAGAUGGUUUUACAUUAUCACUAAACCAUCUGAGGUCCAAGGAUGCCAGAUUUCCCUAGCUUUUUUUUAUGCAGAAAGGCACCAUUCAGUACUCCAGAGGAAGCAGUGUAGAAAAAUUUGCUUUAGAAAUGAGCCUGUAAAAUACAGGGUGCUGCCAAGCAAAUUUUUUUUAUAGCAGGUUAUAGAAAACUUCAGAAUCUUGCAUUCUGGAAACAUCUAAUGGGAUUUACUGAGAUAAAAGGAAAUUUCCAAAAGAUGUGCCAAAAAUUAUUUUGCUGUCUGUGAAGCCGAAUAAUGGAUGCAUCCAUGAGUCUUUCAAAGUAGUAAGCUUAUAGUCUGUUUUAAGCAGAACUCUAAUAUUAAGAUAACCUGCUAAAUUUAUGGAAGUAAUAAAUCCAGGAAUGUGAAUUUUAAAUGUUAACUGAAAGAGUCUAAGUUUCUUGACUUUUUACGGGAAGAAACUUACUUAAAAUAGAACAAAGUUUUUCAGACCCAGAAACCAGGUACUUAGCUCUGGUUUUAAAUGCCACUUUAUUUGUUUUAUUUUCUGAGUUCCUAGUUGAUGCCGCUUUUAUUGACUGAAGCCUAGUGAUAAUAAAAUUAUUGCAAUCCUGAGGUUUCUUGUGUAGAUUCUCUGAAAAUACCCUGAGCAUUCCCAGGAGAUUGUUCCUUCAUUGCCUAGCUUAAGAGAUUCCCUAUGGACAUUUUUCAGUUACUGCAGAAAGUAAGUAAGAAUAUUAAAAUAAUUAAUUUAUGCCAAAACACUCUAUCUGCUGCUGCUAAUUUUCUUUCUCCCUCAAAGUCAAUUUGUACUGUCUACAUGUUAAAUAUGCAAAAGCUCUGUUGCAACAGAAAGGUGAAUAAGAAAAAUUCCAGUGCAAAUUUAGCCUAGGGGACUUCCUGCAGUUUUUUGCAUUCAGUAUGUGACCAGUGAACUUGUGUUAUUGUGGUAUUAGCUUACAUCUGGUGAAGAUGCAGGGAUGAAGUGCAAAUUAUUGCAGGUUUUUUUGUUUGUUUUUUUUUAGUACCGGCAUUGUUUAUGUGACUUCAAGUGACAGUUCUUGGAAGGUCUAACGUGGACAAAAAAAACUUGAAGACAAAACUUCAGGAUACUUCUGUGAAAUUUUAAAAUCUGUAGCUUAACUGGGUUUCUACUCUGAAUUUCUAUUCUUGAUUCCUACUGCCUUAGAGCUGUAAAACACAGAUGUUACAUAGCAUGAAGCACAGUGAAUGGGGAAAAAUGUGUGGAAGUUGUGGUCUUGAAUUUUCUAAAGUAUUGCAAAGUCUCCCUGCUCCAUCAAGCAAUUUUAGUUCCUGUUCUUGGUAAUAUGGCAUGUUAUUACUUGUCUUUCCCUCAUGCUAUUAUUAUGUUAGGUUGGAAGGCACUUUAAAUAUGAAAAGAAUUUAUGGUCAGUUAACAGGUUAGGAGUUCUGAAAUCACAUACAUCCACAACAACCUUAAAAUCACGUGUAAAAAGGGUCCACUGAUCUUACUCUUUCCAUGUGAAAUCUUAUUGUUCCUGAUAGAUCCUCUCCUGGCACUUGCUUUCAAAAUUUAAUAAAAUAUUAACAUUCUCAUUCCCUACAUUCUUGUUUCUUCUUGUCUCCUUCAGGUGAUGACCUGUAUCACAUAGACAAAAAAAAAAAAAAAAUUCUACCUAUCUCAAUCCUUUAAAUAUAGGAGUUAAGAAGGAAGAUGAUUUCUUUGUAUGUUUUCUCUGCCCUGUCAGAGUAGUGUUCAAAUAACACACUCAAAUUACUGUUCUCUGAGUAUUAACAGAAAAGCCUCUUUGCCAUGGAGUGAUUGACUAAAGCAGAUCUCUGAGUAUUUCUGCUACAUCCAAAGGAACUGUAGCUCUUCUGUUAAACUUUAACUUCAUCUAGAUGGUAUGAAACCAAGGAUAAGACAUGUUGUCUGUGCUGGAGUGCAGUCUGUUUCUAUAAUUGUGAGAUCUUCGCCAUCACAGACUGCAGGCUUUGUUAGCCUUUCCAGAUCCUGAGCCAAAAAUAAGCUGGUGAAACAGAUGGGAAAGUGGGAAGCUGGAAUUACUAGAUGGGCAAAGUGAAAAUUCUUGGGAUUCUAUAUUCAUCUGAUAUAAAUCUUAAAGAAAUUGAGGAGUUGUUUAUGAGGAAAAUACAAGAAAGCAGCACUAUGACUCUUCAGAACACUCAAAAAAAUAUAAAUUGUCUUGGACAAAGCAAAAGAACACCAGUUGAUCAGAAUACUCCAAGUGGAGCUGUGCAGAGAGAAGUUGUUUGUUUGUCUGGUAUUGAGGAAGAAAUUCCAGAAGCAGUUAUUGAUGCAGAAAGCGACAAAGCUGCUGCAGGUAAUUCCAAAGUAGAAACUGCAUCUGUGUUAGGAGAAGAUUUAUUGAGGCUCUACAAGAAGUGCUGUUGUCCAGAUAUUAAUAUUUGCGUAGAAGACAAAGAUUUUCAAGCUCACAGGGCCAUUUUAUGUGCCAGAUCUAGUUACUUUGCUGCUAUGCUGAGUGGAAGUUGGGCUGAAAGCUCUCAAGAGCACAUCACUCUUCAAGGCAUAAGCCAUGCAGAAAUGAAUGUCGUCCUGCAUUUUAUAUAUGGAGCUAUUUUGGACUUUCCAGAUGAAGUUGAUGUUGGUCGCAUGUUGGGCAUUGCAGACAUGUAUGGGCUGGAUGGACUAAAAGAAGUAGCUAUCUACAUUUUGAAAAGAGAUUACUGCAAUUUCUUCCAAAAGCCUGUCCCUGGCAAACAACAACCUGUACUAGAGUGCAUGGCUAUUGCUCAUUCAUUGGGAGUGGAAAACCUAUAUACUGCUUGCAUGAAAUGGGUAGGAAAACAUUUUGCAAGAUGUUUUUCAGAGAAAAGCUUUGCCAAUUUACCUACUGAACUUCAGAACAAUUGUCUUGUUAUGUUGAUUAACUCUUUGAGCCACAAGAAUGCUGCUUCCCGUUUGAUGGAGAGUGACCGGCUGAUCAAUAGCCUUCCCCGAGUGAAAUGGACGGAGGCAGCUGUGGCCUUGGCAUCGAGGCUCCAUGAGGAAUGUGUAACUUUCAUUGUUGCAAACUUCCUACAUGUAGUACAAAAUGAAGGCUUCUCUGUUUUGUUGCAGGCACAGGCAAUGAGCAGCGAACCUGAUCUUCUAGAACUAAUUUUCAGCACAAUUGAAAAAAGCGUUAAUAAUGAAAAUAGCUGCUUUCUUCUUGUAGCAGUGGAUAUGUUGUUGGACUCUGCAAAUGUGAGGGAGAUGGGUUUUACGUGCAAGAUCCAGGCGCUGCGUGAUAAGCUCUGGGUCUUCCUGGUUCAGUCUUUUUAUGCUGUUCGUCACACAGAAGGCUGGAAGCUGAUGAGGCCAGACCAUCAACAGAAAAUACAAGCAGCUGCAUUUGACAAGGGUGAUGACCGCAGACUUGGCAAAAAACCUGUAUUCACCAGUUCUCAGCUAAAUAAAGCUUCUACUGCAUCUGUUGGUACAAGGAAUACUUCCCAGGCAGAAUACAGCAAGAAAGAUUGCUGGGGAGAUUCUUCCACUAAUCAGGAUAAAAUGAAAUCUGAUGGAUUAGGAGCAUCUGGACAUGCAUCCACCAAUAGAAACACUGUUAAUAAGACUUCAAAGCAUGAGGAUGUAAAGGGGAAAGAUGGUAAAAAAUUAGUUUCCAAGAUUACUAAGGAUUCCAAACCUGGGGAAAAAUCUGCUUUGCCAAAGGCUAGAGCUGUUAUAAAGACAAAAAUAGAAAAUAAUGGAAAUCUGAAGGCUGAAACCAUGCUUACCAAGCAAGAUAUAGAAAAGACAUCAUCUGCAAGUGGACCAAAAAAUUCAGGAAGCAGCAAAGGACUAAAGAAUCAUGAAGGAAAAAUUGCAGGUGCCAGACCUAAAGUGCUGACAGUAACCUCAAGCAUGCAGAACAAAGCAAAGCCAUUGAAAAAAACCUCAGGGAAGGAAUCUCCCUCCUUGGUGACUGUGGCAGCAAGUUCCAGCAAGUCAGCAAAUUCAAACAUUGAUAUCCAGACUGCGGGUGAACAGACAGAGGAAACCAAAGAGGAUAAAUUGGUAGAGGAAGGGAAAAAACAGAGUGUAGUGAAAACAAAGGCAUCUGUGAAGGUAUCAAAUGGAGUCACCACCAAAAAAAAAAAGACUGAGAUUGAGGCUAAUGUGACAACAAGCAGUCUGACAAAAAGAACAACAGGAAAAGGGUUUAAUGAGCAAAAUGCACAAGCUGGUCUAAAGAAAAAAGGGAAUGUGAGUACAAAUUCUGCAGCACAGCAAAAGACUCAAAACACACCUACCAAUUCUCCCAAGAACCAAGGACCUCAGGGGGAAUCACCAAAUUCACUGAAAUCAGGAAUGUCUCCAAAACAUAAUGAAGAAAAAAAUGUGUUACAACACCUGGUUCAGACAACACUCCCAGAAAAACACCCUUCAGCUAAGAAGAAGAGUAUUAAACAAUCACAAACACCUGUAACAAAAGCCACUUCAAAAAUAACACCUAAGACUCCAGCUCCAUCAAAGAAUGCUGAGAUUACAAAUAGUAAAGACCCAAAACAAAAAACAACUGGAUUAAAAUCUCAGUCCUCAAAUGCCCAAAAGCAUUCAAGGAGUGAUUCUCCUGUUGUCCAGAAGAAUGUGCACACCUCUGAGCACAGAGGUUCAGGACAGAAACCUGAGAAAAACACAGCUGAUGCUAUGGCAGGUCAGCUUCAUGACAAUAAUGAAUGCUGUUCUGCAAACGAAUCUUUAAAACCUGCCAUGAAAAGCAGCAGUGACAAUAAAUUGCUGGAGUCCUGUCAAUCCAAUAAACAAAAAUUACCAGAUUCUUUUGAAACUGUGCAAUACGAAAUACAAUCCAAAUCUGCUUCCCCUCAAAUUGCAGAAGAAACUAUUCAUAAGCUGAAUGUUUCACUACAAAAUGACAUGGAAACAAGACAAAUCUGCGGAGAUCAGACUGGAAUUAAAAAGACUGAAGAUCCAGAUAAAGAUAAUAAUACAGCUGAAUUUCACUGUCAUGCACAGGCUUCCAACGAUGGAUAUUCAGACUUUUCCAAGGAAACCAAUCAAAAGGCUAUUGUUUUAGGAGAACUGGUGAAAGAUUCAAAAGCAACAAAAGUCUGUAAUGAACAGAGUGAUACAAUAAACUCUGAAACAGCUCUUAACUAUGGUGAAAAUACUUUGUCAAGCCUUUCCCAAGUAACCAAUACAGAAGAUGAGACAUCUCCUCAGAUCCACGUAGAGGGAUUUCUUACAGUUGAUGAACUCUGUGAUACAUUGACUGAAUAUAAAUCAGUUGCAACAGAUAUAGACGAUGCUUCAGAGUGUUCCACAGAACAGAUAACAGAAAAAUAUUCACCUAAUUACACAGAGCUUAUAGAGCCUAUGGAAAUGCCAGAAAACCAUGAAAAUGCAGAAAUUCCCUUUGUGGACCACUGGAGUACUGGUGCUAUAGAUCCAAAAGAGAGUCCUGAAUCAGAUACUGGCAGUGCAACCACAUCCUCUGAUGAUAUAAAACCAAGAUCAGAAGAUUAUGAUGCCGGAGGCUCUCAAGAUGAUGAGGGAUCCAAUGAAAGAGGGAUUUCUAAAUGCAGUACUAUGUUAUGUCAUGAUUUUCUUGGAAGAAGCAGCAGUGACACAAGUACACCUGAGGAAUUAAAAAUUUAUGAUAGCAGCCUAAGAAUAGAAGUGAAAAUGAAAAAAGAGGGUUCUGAUCUCUUCCGUGUUAAUUCAACAAGUGAUGAUGAAAUACCAAGAAAAAGACCUGAAAUUUGGUCCCAUCAAGAGAGUUCACGGACCACUACUAGAGAAAGCAAAAGCUCUACUUUUGGUAAUGCACAGUUUACUCAGGAAGCAGACCAAGUUUCUUCUUCUGCUGAUGAAACAGAAGAUGACAGAUCUGAAGGAGAGAACAUUGCAGAAAAGUUUCCCCCAUCAAAUGUUCCUACUCAACAGUUCCAUGGAAUUGAUAAUUUAGCUUUUGAAGAUGCAACAGAAAAUGAUACUGCAAGUCAGGAGUUUUCUAAAACUAAAAAUUUCAAACGAUCUGUUUUACUUUCAGUAGAUGAAUGUGAAGAAUUGGGAGCUGAUGAUAAAGUGGAAACUCACACUUCACGUCAGCACUCAGUAGAUUCUCUUACUCCUUCAGAAGUAUUUGAGAGUGUUUCUCAAGAGCAUCAUGGAAAGACAUUUUACUCAACAUACUCCUUCAAAACUGAAGAAGGAUUCCUGGAUGGCAAACAGCACAAGGAUGGAGAUAAUAGAUCAGAUAAAAGUGGAAGUUCUCUCCUGCAUCUUCACGGUACUAAAAUCCCAGGAAAGGAAAAUCAAGGUGCUUCAAUGACUGAACAAAAUUGCCCAGAGAAAGUAUAUUCAGCAGGUACUCCACAUGCAGGAGAAAACCAGCAAGUAAAUAUGAAGAAAGAGGUGGCUAGUGAAUUUAACCAGUGCAAUAAGUACUUAGACAAUGAUGCAAAAUCUCAAGAAAGACCAUGUCAUCUGGAUCUUCAGCAGAGAGAAACUAAUUCUGAUGUGCAAAAGUGCAGCUCUGAAAAACCUGUAGAAGCCAGUAAGAAUCAGAUGCUGACUCAGGAAAGUCAAGUGAGAGACAGUCAACCAGCAACUGCUGAAUGCGCUAAUACUGAUUUACUUCCAGGAGACAUAGAUGAUUAUGACACAAUGGCACAAACCUGCAUGUAUGAACAUCGGCCUUCAAAAACCCUUUCUCCAAUAUAUGAGAUGGAUGUUGGAGAAGCAAUUGAGCAGAGGAUGGAUUCAGAAACAGCAGUUCUAGAGAUGGAUUUUGAAGAUCAACAGUUUGCAGAACAGGACUGGACUCUACUCAGGCAAUUGUUAUCUGUGCAGGACUCAAAUAUAGAUUUCAAAAACUCUGUUCCUGAAGACCUUAACUUAGCACAAUGUCUUAUCAAUCAGACACUGUUUCUGGCACGAGAUGGUUCAAAUCCUCAGGGUACCUCACAAGUUGACACAUUCAGUAGGUGGACUGAACUCAUGUCUCCACUUGAUGACUCCUCAGCAAGCAUUACAGUGGCAAGCUUUUCAUCUGAAGACUGUUCGUCCCCUCAAGGGGAAUGGACAAUUCUUGAACUGGAAACCCAUCAUUAAGGUGUCAGCUGUUGGCAACUGAACUCCAACCCAUUCCCCAAAUCUAUUUUUGAUGAGUUGUUUCCAUGCCAUAAUGAAAUACUGCAUCAGUCAAGAACGAGCAAUUCUUGAUACUGAGGCAAUCUUUCUGAUAAAAUGAGGUAAAUAUGUUAACUUAUCAUCUAGAUUUAAUCACAAGUACAAUAAUUUUUCAAGACUUAAAUGUAUGUCUUUUCUAAAAAUGAACUUUGAGCAUGUAUUUUCUAGAAUUGUUAGAAAAAUUAGAUGAUAUGAAAGAAAAGUCUGGGUUUCCACCCUCCCUUUUAUCUUCUUUUUUGACAUUUAAUGUUCUCAUUGAUCAAAAAUUUAAAGAUGAAUGCACUAUUAGUAGAGCUAUUCCUCUCCUUCUCCUCCCUCCCCAAUAUGGUGACUUCAUUUUACAAUAAAGAUUCAGAAUGGUUGUGUGAAAAGGUGAUGUGUGCCAACACUACUUUAAAUGACAGAAAAACAUACUUUUUAAAGAAAAUAUUUCAAUCUGAAUCUGCCUUGGGCCUUAUUAAUAUGAGCAGCUUGUUUCACCUGUUUCUUCCAGAUUUGAUUUUUGUAUUUUGGUUGGUUUUGUUUAGAAGUUUCCAAUAAAUUUUUUAAAUUGCCUUUUCUUCAAAUAUAAGACUUCAGAGGGUCUGUCCUGUAUGAAGACCACUGUUUCUUUCAGGAAAAUGCACAUAUUUAAGUAAAUAUUUUAAAUGGUAUAGUGCAUGAAUUCAAAGGAGUCAGUAUAAUGUUGCUCUUGCUCUAAGAAACAGCAUGUCUGAUGCCUCCAAAAGUACAUCUGAAUCUGAAGUUGUGGUCAGUGUUACAUCUGAAGUCUGAUAUUAACUAGAAUUAACUUCAGGCAUUAAUUAAUUACACUUGCAUGUUCUCAUGCUGAAGUACAGCAAGAUUUUCAGGAAUUUGGCUUUGUGUGUUUUCAUAGAUGCUCCAUUUUUAGGAGUAGUAAUAGGAUUCUUGCAUCUUCAUUAUUAUCUCUAGUGUAGCUUUCAUAAACUAAGACUAAAUGUCAUCGUAAGCUUUCUUUUGACUCAGAGUGAAAUAGGAUAUACAGAUAAUUUUGCUACUUUUGGCUCUUUGGGUGUGGUUAGGAAUGAUUAUUGUCUUUUCUGAUUGACAGGGCAGGAAGGAAUGAGAAACUUUUUGUAAUUCUUACCAAAUCAGAACUCCAGAAACAUACAGGAGUUUUUUCCCUGCAAAGGUUGCACCCUCUUAAGAUAUCUGCAUUAUGAAAACAGUAGAGCUUGGCUUUCAUACAUCUUAAAAUCUAAAAAGGAAGUAUUCUACCUCCUCUUAGUCAUUAACAGAAGUGCCUUCAGAAGUGGGUGCCAUAUGGGAGUAAAAGGCUACUAACAUUCUAUUUUGGUUGAAACUAUAUUAUUACACAACUUAAGCUGUGAUCACUGAUAACAUGGUGUUUUGCAAGCUUUUGCACAAUUCCAGCAGUGCACCUUAACUUUUUUGACAAACUUCAUUUCUUUUGUUCAUAGUCAGAAACACAGUUCUUUGGAAAUAAGAACUGGCCGUAGUGUAUGAUUAAAGAAGUUACAACUUUGGAUUUGACAGAAUAAAGAUCUUUGAGGCAAAAUAAUUUAUUUAGCAAGGCACUUUGUUGAAUUUCUGGUACAAAAGUAAAAAUAAUGUUUUAUUCUCAAAAUGAAUGGAGGAAGAAUUUUAUCUUGUUCUUUAAUAUCAAUAUAAGGGGGGAAAAAAAGAAAACCUUCCAUUCUCUUUAUGUUAGUGGAGGACUCUAAACUCAUGGAAGGAAGAUAUUCAGUCUCAUCAUAAAAAUCUUUCAUCUGCUCUUUUAGCAGCAGCAUAAAUAGUCCGAGGUACUGUGAUUCAAAAUAUUAUAAAUGUGAUACUGUAGUAUUUAACCCAGUCUUCAUAGUGCAGGAGUUACAACCACCUUUAGAAGUGCAAAACAUCAAGAAAAACUAUUUUUCACUUUCAGCAUUUACAAGGUACAUCAAUAGGUGAUAAUCUUUUGGAUAAAAUAAAGAACUAUAAUGCUGGCCAUAGUAAAAGAUGGAACUCAAGAGAAGCUAUUACAGAAGGCUAAGAAAUAGUAUUUUUCAAUGUCUGUGUAAAGCACUAAGGUAAAAGUUGUUUACCAAAAAGUUUAAUCAACUUUAAAAUCCUGAUGAUAUUCUGACAGUGGGCAUUCGCAUGUUAAACAAGAUAAAGUGAUGGAAAGGAGAAGUCAUAGAAGGAAUCCUUUUUUCUAUUUUUCACUUUUCCCAUAUUUUUAACUUCUUACUUAAUUGAUCAAGUGACACUGAAAAUUGACACAAAAUUUCAGGUUUCUUAUAUGAAAUACAAUCUUAUAUAGGGUUUUUUUAAUUGUGAUUUUUGUCUUUGCAUUUAUUUUUUCAGUUGUAUCAAAAUUAAAUUAGCUUCUCUCUUCAAGUCCCCAGUGAUGUCGUUGCAAUUCCUUUAACAGUUUUGCAGCAGACCACUGAUUAGGAUGUAGUAUUUAUUGUUCAGUUGGUACAUAAGCAGCCAUAGAAUUCAGCUUCCCACAGCCAAAGAGUGUCUGUAGAAGUAGCAGGAAUAGAAAGUGGUAUUGUUUUUAAUUCGCGUUACUAGAGUGCCUGUGAGGCGUAAUCAGACCAGCAUCCCACUGGCUAGACAUUGUACAAACAAAGGGCAAAAACAAAGACUUCCCACAGAGUGGUUAGAAUCCAAGAUAAGACAAAAGACAAAAAAAAAAAUGCACAUGAAUGGAAAUGCAAAAUGAGAGUGUCAAUAUUUGUCUAGCUGAUUAGCAAUGGUUUCAGCACAUCAUCAGUUUAAAUAGUCAUUUUUUCCUCCUGUAUGCAUUACGAGAAGGGGAAACUUUAGGGUGAGAUUUGAAGGCUGGAUAAUGACAGAGCUAGAAGAAUGUAUAUUCCUGACCAGCCUUGUGUGCUGCCUAAACUGUUUGACCCUGACCUCAUUGAGGAGAAUGUUCAAGUUUUAAGCCAAGUCUAGGUAGCUAUUUGUUUAAUAGCAUCAGUCACUUGAGUCCUUCGGAGUCCUUCUCAUACCUCCUGGCAGUGAUUUUAUCCAUGUAUUCACCUCUUCUCCAAAACAUGACAGAAUGGAUAAAGGUUUGUUUGAAAACUUCAUAGAGAAACAAUCACAGCUGGUGCCAUGGAGUCCAAGGGAAUAGUGAUUCCCUAGAGGUCCUGAAAGACCUCUGAAGCAAGACAAAGGAGAUACAUCUGAUGGAACAGUGAAAGGGAAUCAGUAAGGUAACUAGAAAGAUGGCACAGUCAGAAUACUACCCUUGCAGUAGUAUUUGGAAUAAGAGCAGUGAAAUUUGCUUUGUCAAAGCUUGAGAAGACCAGGUUGCAGUUAGCAGUGAAAGUGACAGCUUAACUGAGACUGUUCUGUGAAUGGGCAAAGAUGUCUGUAUGCUACACUGAGUAACAACACAUUUAGUAAACUAUCAGUGAAAUGUAAAGGAGAGGACUUGGAAGUCAGUCUCAGAUAAUGACCCUGAUUUGGCCUGCCUUGAAUGACAUGUUAUGAAAGUGAAAAAUAAGGAAAGAUGUUUUACAUGUGUGAAUGCAUUAAGUUUAAAAAAAGACUAGACCUGCAAAAGUGAUAUCUGUAGGUAUAAUAGUUUUUUGGUUUUGUUUUUGGUUUUUUUACUUUUUUUUUUUAACUUGGAAAGUUAGAAUCUUAUCUGGACUAGAGAGGAAGCUCUGCAGGGUCAUGUCUUGCAGGACAUGGCCCACAGGCAGAUGAGUAUAAAAUACCAGUUUUGAGGGUGAGUGGGAAAGUGUUCCUAGGGGCUAUGGUCCAAAUGAGAGAUUGGCCCUCAGAUUCAAAGGCAACAGACAGUAGUUUGGUAAAGCCUGACAGAACUGCAGGGAGGAAACUGAGCCUAACCACUAAGAGAGAAACAACAGUUAGAAAAGCAGAUCAGUUAAUAAUAUUUUUUGGUUUGCUUUCUCAGUGCAUGAGAUUAUGCCAUGUUUAUAUAGUGCAGCAAAAGAAAUGCAGAGGCUGAGACACACAGUGAA